ACAACAUUCAGCAUUCCUAUAUGAUACCUGACGMAGAUCAUUUCUUAUGCAGCUUACAGGACAAAGAUCUGAGAAAUAUGAACAAAUUUAUCUUAUUUACUUUGUUAGUUUGUCUUGGUUUUAUAACACCUCAAGUGAACUCGAAGUUGAGUUUUGGAGAAGCAUUGGACAAGGCCUUCAAGACUGUGGUAACUAUUGCACACCUGGUAAAGCGCUUCGAGCACAAGACGUACGAAGAGUUUAUACAAGAAGUGAAGCAUGCAAGAGUUGUAGUCACCGAGGAUUCGUAUCGUGUAGAGAAAGUAACGCCAUGUCAUCACGGACACCAUGACAUCGUGAAGGCUGAACAACCUGUGGAAAUUCACCUUCACGACGACGUCGUUGUUAUACAAGACAGAUAUUGCAGAAAAUGUGGACAACACUUUUUCAGUGUGCCAAGAGAUGAACUCUAGUUUGACACAGUUUGACAUUUGUUUUUGUAAUUUACAGUUUUUAGCGUUUGCGACCAAUAAAUAUCAAGAUAAUUGUU